ACAUGAUUGAAGCCAUUUGCUUUGGUGAACUGAACAGACAAACAUGCCUAUGCCGAGAAUUCUGCAUAGGUACGGUAGCUCUUUCAACAAAGGGGAAUUCCAAGGGAUUUAUCCUUCCUUGGCUUUGGAACCUGGUCCUAUCAAUUAUCCCCUCCUGUUUCAAGUGGUCUCAAAUCAGCAGCCUGACUAUCUUGGCAAGCCAACUGAGCUGCUUUACAUGAUCCCGGAGAACUGGAUGGACAAUCGUUGCCAAUUCUUCUUGUACCCGCCACCUGAUUUCACCGUUCUGGGACUGCCACCAUGGAGUUGGGGUCUGAUCAAUUACAAACGACGGCGCUAUCCAGAACAACAAUUUGUGGAAUACGAUAUUAUGGACACCAUCACUGAAAACGGCCCCGUGUCUUUUGAGGAAGCCCAGCAACAGCUCAAUGAAAUAAAUUUAAGUCUAGCUUCAUCAGGAACAUCAGGGGUGUUGCCUAGUUCGGAAUCUCAAAUCAAUUUUGAAACUCAAGAUCUGUUUCGUGAGGACCCUGAUCAGGCCAAUUCAUAUCAUAGCAUCCUGGAUAUAUCACAGUCACAUUCCUCAGCCUCAUUUGUGACUAGUUCCCCCAACAUCUCUAAAAAGUCAAGCUCGAGAAAACAAACAUCUGGUAGCACUCGAUUUCCGACGGUUGCAAAGAGACCCAUUACGUCAACAGCCGCGACUCGGAGUAACAAACGAAAUCCAAGCAGCUCAUCACCAUCACAGGGUCUCAAUAAUGAAACCAUGGUGUCUAUUACAGCAAUUACCAGGACCCCCACUGAAGGAAGAAGCUCACCAGCCCAAGUGCAGCCUGGUUCCAGUAGCAGAUCUAACACACGUCACAGUCCACCUUUACAAGGGGCAAGGGUCAGUAAAGAGAAAGCAACGACCGUUUUGUCUGUUAGAACCGAGUCUCCCGUUGCCAACCAAAUCCCACUGGCCGUAGUAGUAGAAAAAUAUGUUUGCACUGACAAAGUUGAAUGGAGAAAAGAAAUGUUGCGACAGAAUAUGGUAACACACGCUCUCCUUAGAGAUUUGAUCCUCCAAAAGCGACUUAUUUCAAAAGUGCUGCAAACAUUCUUGACACGGUUCACUCAAAAAGUAGAAAAGGAAGUUAAGUUGCCCCUUAAUCAAUUUGAGGAAAUUGAAGCGUUAAAUACUGCUCUAUUGGAUAUGGAACUCAGCGUAAGCCUCUGUGCAAUCCAAAUUGAUAAGUUAUGUUUGUUGAAAACGGAACUUCUGAUUUGCAAAUCACUUUUUGUCUCUCUUCUUUCUGCCCAACUGCCCCACAAAAUCCAAUGGAAAAAAAGAGGACAAGACCGACGUCCUGGAUUUGGACAUUUAACCAAUUUCGUCGCCGUAUUUGGAGUUGUGGUCAUGGCCAUUUUUGAAACUCAUAAGAAGCAAACAAACAUCAGCAAGAUUAUUACAGCAGUGCAAACUGCGCGUAGGUUCCAUGCAGCUCAAUACCAGAAAUACCUGAAUACCGACGACGAAGCAAAUGACGAAGAUGUCGGUGGCGAAGGUGAACGUCCAAGGGUUGAUGUGCAGACUAUAUCAGAAAUUGAAUCACGAGUGAAUCAGAUUCUAAAAUCUCUGGAAGUGUAUUCUGACACACAAGCCUAAUUUAAAAUUGCAAUUUGCCUGAAUGUUGAAUUAAUGUUUUUCGUUAAAGCAGUGACAUCGUGUUUAGUUUUCAUUCCUUAAUAAAUAAAUUCAGCAAAUGGUUUUCUGUUUA